CGAUUUAUUUUUUAGGUGUUUCGUAUUCUAUAUUUAUAGUUUUAUUGAUAUUAAAUUCGCUAAUAAAACAUUGGACCAAUCUACCUUAGUACCUUCUAGCGGUGAUUUUUUCUCCAUAAUUAUAUGGCCCGGUCAAUUGUAAAAUUUGCACUCGUCUGAUUUUAAAUUUUUGUUGUUUUGAAUUUUCAAAUAUUAUUUAUUACAUUGUAUAAAUUUCUUAUUUUUUUUUUUAAAUAUGUCAAGUUCUGAUGAUGACUUGGAUGCAUUACAACUUUCAGCCGAAGCACAGAGAGCUUUAAAAGAGUUUUAUGAAGAACAAAAUGAAAAAUUGUUAUCUCACUGUGAUGAUAAAGAUACUACCGAUGUAACAUUUGAUGAAGAUUGGCAAUUAAGCCAAUUUUGGUACGACGAAAAAACAUGUGAACGAAUUGUUGAAUGUGUUAUUAAAACAGUUGGUUCAAAUGGUAGUAUAGCGUUGAUAUCAUGCCCUACGUUGUAUAAAACCUUUAAGAAAAAGUCACCCACAAUGUUAAUUAAACUAUUUGAGUUUGACAAAAGGUUUAGUGUUUAUGGUUCAGAUUAUGUUUUCUAUGAUUAUAAUGAACCAAUGAAAUUUGAUGAAGAACUAUUGAAAAGUUUUGAUUUAGUCGUUGUUGACCCACCAUUUCUUUCUGAAGAAUGUUUGACUAAAUCUUUGCAAACUACAAAAUCUCUAACAAAACAACAUGUUAUAUUGUGUACAGGGGAAAUCAUGGAGGAAUUAGCAACAAAGUUACUUAAUGUUCACAAGUGUUCAUUUGAACCAAAGCACAAUAAUAAUCUUGCUAACCAAUUUGCUUGUUUUACAAAUUUCUCAUCUGAACUCGAUUAGUAAGUAAUUACUGAUUUCCUCAACUUCUACUGUAAAAUUGAGAAAGUUAAUGUAGUUGAGUGAUUCUAUAUAAUUAUAACAAUUAUACACUUA